AUGUUACUCCAAGCGCUUGUCUCGAUUUUGAGGUGGAGAGAGCAGCGGUACCAGCAGUCAGGAAAUCACAAAAACGCUCAGCUCAUGCGCAAACAACAGCACCUCCUGAUCGGCCUCUCGGAGGAAGACAUUCUUACAUUCAAAAAGUUUCUAGACGAAGAAUACUGGCUACGUCUUGUGGUCCAAAAAGAGGCUCAUUACUUUGAAAAACUACAGAAAUUGCAGGAAGAAGUCCGCUUAGAAAUGGAUGUUAAAACUAAGCAAAUAAUGACUCAACGGUGCGAUAUCCUGGAGAAAGGGCUGGAAUGGGCAAGCCAAAAUUACUUCAACGCUUCUCAGCGAAUACAUUACUUUGAUUGUUCAACCUUCGAUAAACCCUUGAAUCGUGCAAUAAAGUGCCUGCGAGAGAACCCCAAGUGGUACUUGUCAGAUUUCCUACGCUGGGACUGCGCCGGUCGAGGGGGUUGCUGUGGUCGCCUAUGUGGAUGCUGUGAAAGAUCGAGGAGUACUGUUAGGUCUUCAGACUUGGGCCAUUGUACAAUAGCCUGCGAAUGCUGUACCACAUAUCAAGGUUUCGAGCUGGAAAUCAAACCCGGGGGUGAAAAGGUUGCUUCGAUUAACGUGAUGGCCAGAGACAAUGACAGCUUUAGUGGCCGUAUGAUGGAUGCUUAUGUCUGGGGACUACGAACCAUGCAAUGA